CACAUACAAAAAGCCCUUCAUUGCCAUCACUUGCAAAGCUUCUCAAGUUUUUUGUUCUUUGAGAGUAUGCUUCGAUUCUUCGAGCCAGAGGCAGAACCUCGCUGGUCGAUUUCUACUGCUCCAUCGGAUCAUUACAAGUGUUCUAGGAUGCGUGAAGACUCGAUUCUCCCGUUGAGAUCUCAAGCUUUUCUCACAGCUACGAUAGGGACCAGCGGCCAAUCUCGGGGAGAAAGUUCCCGCGCUUCUGCAGAGUUCGAGAGCAAUAGUAGCUACAAUGGGGAUUUCCUCAAUAUUUCAUCUCAAGAUUGCAAAAGUUUCCAGUUCGAAUCAAUCGCUCCAUUACCAGCAUUGGAUCAAAAUCCAGGACAAACAUCUCUAACUAUGAAUCCUAUGGAAUUGAGGGUAUCCGGAUUCACCAGCCAUCACGAUCAUGCACUUCCCGAAUCGAAAAAACAAAGAAACCAAUUAAUCGCCGCGCAUCAAAUCAUGGAUCAACGGCUAAUGAUGGGGAGAGAAUCCAAGAGAUGCAAGGCUGAACAAGAUGACAACAAUCCACAAAAAUUAUCGAUGAUGGCUCCGACGAUGAAAGCGCCGAUGGUGACUAAUGUGAAGAAGAGCCAGAAGCUAGGACAUAAAAUCACAGCUCUACAGCAACUAGUUUCGCCAUAUGGCAAGACAGAUACAGCAUCGGUGUUGAAGGAAGCUUGUGAACAUAUUAAGGACCUUCAUCAAAAGAUUCGGAUGCUGAGCUCUCCGUACUUUGGAGGACAAACUUCUAUUUUCUUUCAGGUCGACGACGACGAUCAUGAACUUCGCUGA